AUGAGCCUCCUCAACCAUGAAUCUCACCCAAUUCUCUCUCUAACCGCCGCGUUUACCACCUGGAAAGGCCUGCUCCUUGCCAUCGCCCUCGGCGCGUCUGUAGGUCCAGACUACGACACCUCAACAUCUCUCUUCUUCGACGUCGUCCACGGCGCGAAAACGCCUGUGCCUGCGCUUGCUACACGCUUGACGAGAUGGGACGCUCUCUACUUCAUGCAUGAUGCAGUAAAAGGGAAGGUCUACGAGCAGGAGUGGGCGUUUGGUAUUGGUAUGCCGGCUGCCGUGCGUAGUAUCGGUGGGCUAGGCCUAUCAAGGCUCCAAGUCUGGGAGCCUCUUGUUGCCAUUGCCAUCUCGCACGUUUCUCAUCUUAUCGCUGUGUUGGCGCUGUAUCAGCUCACUAUCGUCCUCUGCAAUGAUCGGAAACUUGCUUAUUUGGCUGCCGCCGUGCAUAUCCUUUCACCCGCUGGGCUGUUCCUGUCGGCGCCAUAUGCAGAGAGCGCAUUCUCAUGUCUGUCUUUGGUAGGCAAUCUUCUACUUGGCAUUGGUCUCAAAAACAGUCCCGACUCGCUGAAACGCAAUGCUGCGGUAAUUGGAGCAGGGUUGUCGUAUGGGGUUUCCUGCACACUUCGAAGCAAUGGGCUUUUUGGUGGCAUCUUGUUUGCUGUGGAAGCUGUAAAAUGCCUGUUGGCCCUUCUCGAACGGUUCACUUUCUCCAAGGUUCUAAGAUUGAUUGCGCCCAUAGUUGGUGGAAUUUUGGUCGCUGUUGGGUUUGUUACGCCGCAAGGUCUGGCUUGGAUGAGAUACUGCAACAACCUGGGUAUCGAUGGAGAGCAAAGACCUUGGUGCACACAUCAUAUCCCAAGCAUAUACACAUUUGUGCAAGAGGAAUACUGGGACGUUGGCUUCCUCAAAUACUGGACACCCAACCAAAUCCCCCUCUUCCUCCUCGCAGCCCCCAUGCUCACAAUUCUCCUCAAGUCGGGAACAGAAAUCGUGCGCGAACCCUCUCGAGGUCUUCGGGCCAUGGUACGCGGCACGGACGAACAGUGCAGACUGCUGGUGCGAACUCUCGCAGCUGUGCAGAUGCUGCUUGCCGUGUUGGCGAUCACCAACUACCACGUCCAGAUCAUCAGCCGGUUGUCGUCGGGAUAUCCCGUCUGGUACUGGUGGGUUGCUUCGUGCCUCAUGGACAAACAGAGACAGAGUUUGGGAUAUGGGGUUGUUGUGUUUAUCACCAUGUAUGCGGCGAUUCAGGGUGGUCUUUUUGCUUCGUUUUUACCGCCUGCCUAA